CAUCUCUCUCCGUCGCCUAGAGCUAACAACCGCGGCAUCACUUUCUCCUCAUCGCCGGCGACCCGCCUGUCGCGAUAAUGUCCUUCUUCUAAUAGGCAUUCCCCGCGGAACCACGCCAGUCCUCUGCCUGCGCCGCCAGCGGUACCGAACCGAAGGACGUCGCACGGCUGCCCUUCAUACAGCCCGCGACGUCAUACACACGAUCCGAUCCACACCAUGGCCUUCCUCGAGGACCCACGCUUGCGCCAGCGCUGGAACCAGAUCACGCACGACGCUGAGGCCGUGACGGAGAAUGCUGCCGCGGGCAUCUGGUCGUUUCAACAUAAUUAUAUCAACCCGUGUUUUUCGUCUUUUGCCGACUCCAUCGAGCAGUGCACCACAGUCUGCCUCGGCGACCCAGAAGAGCGCCUGCGCAAGCGCCGAGAGCGCGACCGCACCCAAGUUAGGGCCGAGUAUAGCUUUGACUUUUAUGACGACUGGUACGAGGAGGAAGAAUCUGGUGGCCUCUUCAGUAGUUGGGGAAAUGAGGACUGGGACCGCCUGCUGGCUGGCACGGGUAGCCAGAGGAAGCAAACUGGCGGAGAAACAACAGAGCAGCCUAGCAGAAAGCGAGGCAUGAGCUAUGGCACAAGGGGUGGACGAAGGAAGGCGAGCGAAAACGACCCUACGAUCAUCCCGAGCACACAACCCAUUGGGUUCCUGAGUAAGCUACCCUGGAAGAUGGGCGGCACACUACGAUACAAGCCGAGCGCGGCAGAUCUGCAAGAUCAUCCGGGGAGGCAUGAGGAGGACGAAGGCGAACCUUUAUUGGGAUCAGACGACGAAUCCGAUCACGGCGACUUGCUUGUGACUAGAAAGCGAAGCGGAACGACUGGAUCGGGCGACACCUCAGACUCAUAUCGAUCGCGCGGAGACCUGUUUCCGAGCGACGGAGAAGGCGAGGAAGAUGCAAUACCCCUAGACGACGAAGUAACAUACGACAUGGUGAGGAAGGAUGUCCGGAGCAGUGGGAGGACCCGUAGCAAGGGAAAGCGCCCAGCCAGCGGAUUUUCUGUCUCCAGAACAGUUUCGAGGACGACGCUGGGAUCCGUCCGAUCACGAGACUCGCUCCGAGUCCCGUCUCGAGAUUCGCUUCACGUUGGUCACAGAUCGACAUCGACAUCUCUCCCCGCAACGCCAGAUGUCGAGGAUGUGCCAUCACUCCAUGAUCUUGCAUUGGAGGAGCAUGUCCUGCAACAAGCCGAAGACGAAGCAGUUGCCAGGAAGAAAGCGGCAGCGGCACAGUUGGCGGCAGAGAAGGGCCUCGGCAGCACUAGCCCGGCCCUACGCUCCGUGCCGGAACCAAAACCAAUUGUGGCGGAGGAUGAGGUUUACGAACCUCCGGCUCACAAAGAUAUUCCUACCCAGACCGUCAAGGUGGCCGAUAAAUUGCACGCACCAUAUGAGUCGGUGGAACGAAACUCACCCUCGGUAAAUUUGGAGGUGUCAGAACGUGACGUUAAACAGCGGCCCGAGGAGACGGCGUUCAUCCCCGCCCGCCUACCGAACUUUGGAUGAAGAAGAGAAUGAACAAGGUGCACGAAAACGAAUGGGUAUGAUACAUCUGGGUCAAAUUACCAUUCAAGGGGCGCUAUAACCGGUCUAGCGAUUGCAUUUCUUGCACUGUAUGACUACUAGAAAUGUGCAUGCGGUAGGCGACGGUGAUGACAUAAACUUGCAUGUGUGUAUGAUACCAACUUGAAGCAAAGGAGGGAGGGGCGCGACUUGCAUGGAUGGAACGGAGUUCUCAAUCAUAAGAAUAGAAACUUGGCAGCCAAGCUGAGUGAGCUGUGGCUAUAUCUGCAACAAAGCAUUGGCCUGUUUAUAAUUUCUACAUCUCAGUCGUGAAGUAUAAGGCCGGCCACUCGACGUGCUCUCCUACACCAAACAGAGUCCAGGACGUUGUUGCAUCGGCUAUUUACCCAGUAGCAAGUAUUGGACAAUAUUGGAG